AUGGCCAAGCCCCAGCCCAUUAAUGACCUGAUCCACCCUCAUAGCACAACCCGGGCCCUGAGGUCCUCUGAGCAAGGCCUCCUAAGGGUGCCCCGAACCAUGCUAAAGACUAAGGGUGAUCGUGCCUUUGAGGCGGUGGUCCCAAGGCUAUGGAACAAACUCCCCCAGAAAAUAAAAACCUCUGCCUCAAUAGAGAUUUUUAAGGGGCAGUUAAAGACCCACCUUUUCCGACAGACCUUUGGGUCGUCGUCGGAGUGGGAGGAGAUAAGUGGUGUGGAUGAGAAGUACAAACCCAUCCGGACAUACCAGGUGUGCAACGUGAUGGAGCCCAUGCAGCAGAACAACUGGCUGCAGACCGGCUGGGUGACGCGUCGGGGGGGCCAGCGCAUUUUCGUGGAGCUCCAGUUCACGCUUCGCGACUGCAACAGCAUCCCCGGUGUGGCGGGAACAUGCAAGGAGACGUUCAACCUCCUCUACGUGGAGACGGACAGGGACCUGGGGGGCGUGACCCGGGAAGACCGCUACACCAAGAUCGACACCAUCGCCGCCGACGAGAGCUUCACGCAGGGCGACCUGGGCGAGAGGAAGAUGAAGCUGAACACAGAGGUGCGUGAGAUCGGACACCUCAACAGGAAGGGCUUCCACCUGGCGUUCCAGGACGUGGGUGCCUGCGUGGCCCUGGUGGCCGUGCGGGUGUACUACAAGCGUUGCCUAGCGACCGUGCAGAACCUGGCAGUGUUCCCCGACACGGUGGCCGAGGCGUCCUUCGCAACGCUGGUGGAGGUGCGCGGCAACUGCGUCAACAACUCCGAGGUGGACGCUGACAGCCCUCCCAGGAUGCAUUGCAGCGCCGAGGGGGAAUGGCUGGUGCCCAUUGGGAAGUGCAGCUGCAGCGCCGGCUACGAGGAAGGACACAGCAGCUGUGAAGCGUGUCCCCAUGGAUCCUACAAGAUGUCCUCCAGGCAGCAGGAGUGUUUCCCCUGCCCGGCCAACAGCAAGGCAGAGGAGGAAGGAUCGGUGGAGUGUGUGUGUGAGGAGGACCACUUCCGAACCCCGCUGGACACACCCUCAGCCGCCUGCACAAUUAAGAUCCCAACACGGAGGACCUACAUCGACCCGGAGACCUGCGAGGACCUGCUGCAGGCCGUGCACGCUUUCGCCAAGGAGCUGGACAACUCCAGCAUCAAGAUCGAGAGAAUUGUGCACACAGGUGACUUUGGGGAGGUGUGUCGCGGCUGCCUGAAGCUGCCCAGUAAGAGGGAGCUACCAGUGGCCAUAAAGACGUUAAGGGCGGGCUGCUCUGACAAACAGCGACGCUCCUUUUUAAGCGAGGCCGGCAUCCUGGGGCAGUUUGACCACGCCAACAUCAUCCGGCUGGAGGGCGUCAUCACCACGGGUAACACCAUGAUGAUCAUUGUGGAGAGUAUGACCAACGGAUCCUUAGAUUCCUUCCUCAGGAAACAUGAGGGCCAGAUGAGUGUAAUGCAGCUGAUGGAUAUGCUGACCGGCGUGGCAUCGGGGAUGAAGUACCUCACCGAAAUGGGCUUCAUCCACAAACGGCUGGCCGCACACAAGGUGCUGGUUAACUCCAGCCUGGGCUGCAAGGUGUCUGGCUUCAGACCUCUGCAGGACGACAAGAUAGAGGCCAUCUACACCUCACUGCACGGAGGUAAGAGCGUGGUGCUGUGGACCGCUCCGGAGGCCAUCCAGUACCACCGCUUCUCCUCCGCCUCGGACGUGUGGAGCUUCGGCAUCGUCAUGUGGGAGGUCAUGUCCUAUGGAGAGAGACCCUACUGGGAUAUGGGCAACCAGGACGUGAUCAAGGCGAUCGAGGAUGGUUUCAGGCUGCCCGCUCCAGUAAACUGCCCCCCCCACCUCCACCAGCUGAUGCUGGACUGCUGGCAGAAGGAGAGGACGGAGAGGCCCAGCUUCAGCCAGAUCCACUCAGCCCUCAGCAAGAGCAUUCGCUCCCCCGAUGGCAUCGGCUCCUCCACGUUGUCACGCAGGACCCUGAGUUCCUCCAUCACGCUGGCGGAGAGGCCGCUGCACUCCUUCCCAGCAUUCAACUCUGUGGGGGAGUGGCUGGACGCAGUGGACAUGGGCCGAUACAAGGACAACUUCACCGCCGCAGGGUACUGCUACCUGGAGUCUGUGGCCCGGAUGACCGUCCAAGAUGUGCUGAGUCUUGGCAUCACUUCCCUUGAGCACCAGAAGCUGAUACUGGCCGCCAUCCAGACCCUCAGAGCGCAGGUCAUCCAGAUGCAUGGGCGCGGGGUGCAGGUCUAACUAACGGGGGGGCGCCUGCUCUCAACCUGCAGCUGCAGACCCUUGUGUGUGCAGACGGAUGAUGGGGUGGAGAAGAGGAGAGAAAGAGAAAGAGAGAUCGCUCUUCCAGACAGAAGGAAAGAUGAGCAGAUCUUUCAGCUAGCUGCACUCAAUCUACUCCUCCUUCCCACACAUCCUCAUGCCUUCCUUGAUUCCUUUCUUCCUUAUUUAUUUGUAACCUCUCAGAGACGAGUUCCUGUCGCCGUUGGGGGGGAUAGCAGAGGAUUGAUGUCACUGACUUUUUUUUCUGUGACCUCUAUCUGCACUUCAAUAACAAUGUCAGCUCCAUCACACUGGUUCUGGAUCAGUGCGUAAAGGCAGAUGAAAUAUUGUCUGAGCAGGACGCUCUCUGUCUGAAGCUGACCUCCAAGCUGUUGGACUAGUGCUUAAAGGAAAAAUAUAAGGGUAGAAUUUCCCUUUAACACAACAUUGAUUGACUAAAAACAGUAUGUGGCCACACCCAGGGACUAUUUCCUUUGCCUGGGAUCAGUUGCUCUGAUACAGAAUCAUAUCGUUGUACGUCAGAGCGUAUUUCAUCAGAUGUUAGAGGAACAUUUCUGAUGAUCCAACAUGGCUGCAGUAGCUUAAGAAGACUGUGCUGUCCCAUGUCAAGGAUCCAGUGAGAGUGAGGUUGGAUGAGGCCUAAAUGAAAGCCUUGCCUACAGUAAAUUAGUCUUAUAUUCAGUAUAUAAUGUGUGCAGACGGAACGAACACAGGUCCGAGGACAUGCUGUACGUUCAGGAACGUCAACCUGUUUUUUUGUUUCCCUUGGGGCUACUGAUGGUCGAACAAAAGCUGCAGGAUACAAUUGUAAAGGUUGAAAAUGUGUGUUUGAUUGUUCAUUCAUUUGUUGUGCGUCGCUGUCUAUUACGCUGUCAUAGUUUCUUUAUAUUUCUCUUCUUUCCAGUUGUUUACUUUGUGCAUUUAAAACUAAUUCUCCCUUUCCCCUGCUGGAUGUCUACUCCAUGAUCCUCCUCACUACUCUGCAUAGAGCACGGGCUAACUCUGGAAGAUGGCCAGAUUAAGAUAUUUAUCCAUAUUUAUUUGAGUUUACAGACUGUACCACAAACCUCUGUAAAGAAGAGUUUGAGAAGGGUUAUUUAACUUAUAGUAUUUAAAAAAAUAAAGCAGUUGUGUUCUUGUUUUCUUUAUUUUACUGCUGAGUUUAUAACUGAAUAAAUGAGUAGUUUUGUACACUGGAGGAUUUUUACUGUCGGCACACAGUAUCUGUGUAUUCUUGAACACUGGAGCUGGUACGGUUGAAGUUGAGGUCCAUUGUCUUUGGAUUUGCUGUAUACAUGACAGUGUGUGUGUGUGUUGCAGUAUGAAUACAGUAUUAAGGAAUGUCAUAUGGACUUUUUUUCUCUAUGUAAAUGUUGGAUUAUCAUGUUUAAUUUCACAUUGCUUAAUAUCUGGCUCUGCCAUCUAUGUGGUUGCACUUUUUCCCCAGAUAACUCCCAGAAUUCUCCCUGUACAGCGAUCUCACCUUUUUUGUUUCUAUACAGGAGACUUGAGCGAGGACGUUUAUUGGGGCAUUAUCAUAGGUUUUCACAAUAAAAAGGUACAUUCAUUUCUGACUGAAAUAUUGUAACUGGUUUGUAUUUGGAACAAAAUGAGUUUUUCCUCCUUGUACGCUACUUUCUCUGUAUCCGUUUUGUCAAAUGAAAUAAACUCAUGUGUCCUUUAUAGAUGGAAUCGCACACAUAACACCAAUGGUCCCUUUGACUGACACACACACACACACACACACACACACACACACACACACACACACACACACACACACACACACACACACACACACACACACACACACACACACACACACACACACACACACACACACAGUUGCUUUCAAACAAACUGGACCUCUUCAACACAAUGAAUGAAACUUCCCCUCUGUCCCUCUCUCUGUUACUCUGACCAUUAUGAUAUAUGUUUAAUACUGUAAAUAAGUACUUGAAAAUGCUAAAUCUAUUUUUAUAAUUUGUUUGAGAAACAAUGUGUUGAAUAUAAUAUCUGCUCACUGUGUAAGGGUUUUAUUUGUUGAGUCUAGGGCCAUAGCCAAGAAAAGGUGUUUGGAAUAUAAAA